UGUGAUUGGAGCGCCUCGGAGCUUCACCCCGCCCCCCGGCGCGCUGCCCGCCUCCCCAAAUCCAGAGCGCACUCCGCUCCUCACUCGCUUCCUUCCAGCCGCCGCAGAACAUGAGCUGCUUCUGUCUGAGCGGACGCGCCACGAUACAGAUGCUUCCACUACGGCACCCCGCUCUCUGCUGACCGAAACUGCUGUUUAUUAAGGACCAUAAACCUCCCCCCCACGCGCUGUUCCCCGCUUGUGUUUUUUUGGAUGCGCCAUGCAAUCCCGCUGGUGGAGUUGUGGCAUUCGGCUGGUGGCGUGGACGUGGAUCUGGAGUGUGGCUUUGCUCGGAGCGUGGUGCAUCCCCGCCAAUGAAGUGAACCUGCUGGAUUCUCGCUCUGUGAUGGGAGACCUGGGAUGGGUGGCCUAUCCAAAGAACGGGUGGGAGGAGAUCGGGGAGGUGGACGAGGACUACGCCCCCAUCCACACCUACCAGGUGUGCCGUGUGAUGGAGCAGAACCAGAACAACUGGCUCCACACCAACUGGAUCCUGACCGAGGGGGCCCAGCGGGUCUUCAUCGAGCUCAAGUUCACCCUGAGGGACUGCAACAGCCUGCCGGGCGGCGUGGGGACCUGCAAGGAGACCUUCAACAUGUACUACUACGAGACGGACGGCGGCGAGGAGGAGGCGGAGGACGGGAUGGAGAUGAGGGACGGGACGGGCAUGAUGACGGAGGAGGAGGACCGGGCCAUGAAGGAGAGCAGGUACAUCAAGAUCGACACCAUCGCGGCGGACGAGAGCUUCACGGAGCUGGACCUGGGGGACCGCGUCAUGAAACUCAACACGGAGGUCCGAGAUCUAGGUCCGCUGACCCAGAAGGGCUUCUACCUGGCCUUCCAGGAUCUGGGCGCCUGCAUCGCGUUGGUUUCGGUGCGUGUUUUCUACAAACGCUGCCCGUUCCUGGUGAAGAGUCUGGCCGAGUUCCGGGACACCAUCCCGGGCUCGGAGGCCUCUCAGCUGGUGGAGGUGGUGGGCCGCUGCGUCAACCACUCGCUGCCGCUCUACGAGCCUCCCAGGAUGCAUUGCAGCACGGAGGGGGAGUGGCUGGUGCCCAUCGGGAAGUGUGUGUGCCAGCCGGGGUUCGAGGAAAUCAACGGGUCCUGUCAAGUCUGCAAAGUGGGGUUUUACCGCUCGCUGCUGGAGUCUCUGGCCUGCAGUAAAUGUCCUCCCCACAGCGUGGCCAGGAGGACCGGCGCCACGGCCUGCAGUUGUGAGGACGCGUACUACAAGAUCGACUCUGAUCCUCCCAACAUGGCCUGCACACGUCCUCCGUCUGGUCCCCGUAACGCCAUCUCCAACGUCAACGAGACCAGCGUCUUCCUGGAGUGGUCCGUUCCCAUGGAAACGGGCGGCAGGAAGGACGUGCGCUACAACAUCUUGUGCCGGCGGGUGCUGCCAGACGGGCGCGGCCUGGAGGAGUGCGGCCCCAACGUCCGCUUCCUGCCGCGGCGCGUGGGCCUGUCCAACACCUCCGUCAUGGUGGCCGACCUGCAGUCACACACCAACUACAGCUUCCUGCUGGAGUCCGUCAACGGCGUGUCGGAGCUCGCCAAAGAGCACGCCAGGCAGUACGUGUCACUCAACGUGACGACCAAUCAGGCAGCACCGUCCCCAGUGAGCGUGGUGAGGAAAGGUCACACGGGGAAAAGCAGCAUCGGCCUUUCUUGGGCGGAGCCCGACCGUCCCAACGGCAUCAUCCUGGAGUACGAGAUCAAGUAUUUUGAAAAGGAGCAGGACUCCAGUUACACUAUUAUAAAAUCCAAGGAGACUGAGAUGACGGUGGAAGGCCUGAAGCCCUCUUCAGCCUACAUCUUCCAGGUGCGAGCCAGGACCUCGGCAGGCUACGGCGCAUUCAGCCGGCGUUUUGAGUUCCAGACCAGCCCGUACUUAACGGCGACCAGCGAGCGUGCUCAAGCCUCCAUCGUGGCGGUGGCCAUCACGCUGGCUCUGGUCCUGCUGGCCGUGGUCGCUGGAUUCCUGCUCAGUGGACGGCGGUGUGGCUACAGCAAAGCAAAGCAGGAUCCUGAAGAGGAGAAGAUGCACUUCCACAACGGUCACAUAAAGUUCCCGGGGGUGCGUACCUACAUUGACCCGCUCACCUACGAAGACCCCAACCAGGCGGUGCACGAGUUCGCCCAAGAGAUCGACGUCUCGUUCAUCUCCAUCGAGAGGAUCAUCGGAGCUGGGGAGUUUGGCGAGGUGUGCAGCGGACCGCUGAGGCUGCCGGGGAAACGAGAGCUGCAGGUCGCCAUCAAGACCCUGAAGGCGGGCUACACGGAGCAGCAGAGACGGGACUUCCUGUGGGAGGCGUCCAUCAUGGGCCAGUUUAACCACCCAAACAUCAUCCGUCUGGAGGGCGUGGUCACCAAGAGUAAACCUGUGAUGAUCAUCACUGAAUACAUGGAGAACGGAUCUCUGGACACGUUCCUCAAGAAAAAUGACGGGCAGUUCACUGUGAUCCAGCUGGUUGGUAUGCUGCGGGGCAUUGCAUCUGGCAUGAGAUACCUGUCUGAUAUGGGCUACGUCCACCGGGACCUGGCAGCUCGUAACAUCCUGGUCAACAGUAACCUGGUGUGUAAAGUCUCUGAUUUUGGCCUGAGCCGAGUCCUGGAGGACGACCCCGAGGCUGCCUACACCACACGGGGCGGGAAGAUUCCUAUCCGCUGGACGGCUCCGGAGGCGAUCGCGUACAGGAAGUUCACCUCGGCCAGCGAUGUUUGGAGUUACGGGAUCGUCAUGUGGGAAGUGAUGUCAUACGGAGAGAGGCCGUACUGGGAGAUGUCCAAUCAGGAUGUAAUAAAAGCAGUAGAGGAGAGCUACAGGUUGCCAGGUCCUAUGGACUGCCCCGAGGCUCUCUACCACCUAAUGAUGGACUGCUGGCAGCGAGAACGCAGCAACCGGCCCAAAUUCGAUGAGAUCGUCUGCCUACUAGACAAACUCAUCCGCAAUCCCAGCUCGUUAAAAAAACUGGUCAACUCCUCACACAGGGUUUCCAACCUGUUAGUGGAGCACGCCAGUGUAGAAGGGAGCUGCAGCACUCGGAGCCAGAACGUCGGAGAAUGGCUCGACUCCAUUAAGAUGGGUCGUUACACGGAGCUCUUCAUGGAGGGAGGUUACUCUUCACUGGAGACGGUGGCUCAGAUGACAUCAGAAGAUUUGCGGAGAGUGGGAGUGAACCUGGCAGGACAUCAAAAAAAAAUCAUCACUAGUAUUCAAGAGAUGAGAGUCCAUAUGAACAACACCAACUCUACCGUCAACAUCUGAUGCAUAUGUACAGGCACGCACGCACACGCAAAUACACACAUAUGAACAUAAACACGAUAAAUGGACCUAGUAUGUGACGAAAAGACUUGCUGAAGAUUUGCUGUUGGACCUAGAGCGGCUUAGCACUUUCUACGGACAAAGAAAACCCCAGUGUUUAUGGAUCUAAACUGGAGGAUCCACAUUUUUGUGGUUCAUUUUUGUGGAGUUUGCUUGUGGUGUCAUUGGGGAUUUUUGACAUUGCAGCACUAAAACCAAACUGAACUGAGCUGAGCUGAGUGGUGCUACAUGAAGAGAAAAUGGAUGGAUGGUUGGUGAGCUACUGAACUGAACUGAACAGAAGAUUUUUCAUUUUAAUUAUUCCAUUGGUGUGGAUCUUGGGGAUUGUUAUAUCUCUGUGCACUUGUUUGGAUUCUCUCAGAUCAAACAUGAAACAUCGUCUUCAGAUCUCGCCCUGAAAGCAACCAGCACUUUUUAGGCUGUGGUGCCAAUGUGGGAGUUUCAUGCAGCGGGCUCAAACUGAACUUUUUUCAGCCCGUCUCAGGUGAUCUGAACCCGGAGGAUUUGAACAGUUUCUCUGGCAAUUUUCUCUGGAAGUACAGAACCAUCACGAGUCAUUGAACUGAACACCAUUCUCAGGCGGGGGGGAAGAAGUAAUAAUGGACCAAGAGCAACAUGUUCAUUAGUUUCAGUCUUUGCUUUGCAAUGCUGAUGGGCUUUGGAUUUUGUUUUCCUGUCUCCGCCUGCAACGAAUCUGCUGUUUUCACGCAGCUGUACAAAUCACACAAGGUCCAGACUCGUACUACUACAUCAUCUACGUCAUUAUCCUACAAAGCGAUGCAAGACAAGAGUACAUAAUGCACAUUUCAUUCUUUGAAAAGGCUGAAAUUCAUUAAAAAAAAGACAAAGUCGGAGAUAUGGAAAUCAUCUAGAUCUGGCUUUGGGUCUUUUUGAACCUACAAAAGACAAAAAAAAGUGUGGAACUAUACAAGGCUUUAGUCAUUGGGAUACUCUUUAUCUGUUCUUCUGUCUGAAUGUAUAGCACUACACAAACACAACACUCAGUUGCAGCAUCAACCUGUUUUGUUUCAUAUGCAAAUGCUGGAACGUAGGGAUAGAAUGGGGUCAUUCUGGUCCUUAAAACCAGCUUCUGAAUGAAUCUACAGAUUGUAUAAGAUAUAUGCUGGCUUCCCGUCAUCUUUGCUCUCAAGAUCUGUAGGAAUGUCCACUAAGAUAUUGAUGGUUCCUAUAUAAGUCAUUCAGCUAUCUACUCUUUAAAAUUGCUUCAUAUUCAGGCAUGUUUUAGUGGAACAUUAACUCAGAAUGGGAACUUUUUUUGUAGGUUCUUGAAACAUCACAAAUUAAAAAUGGGUCAGUUUAACUCAUAACCCAUUUCCACCAGGAUGAAACUGGUUCUGCCCCAGUUCACCCACCUAAUUUUAAACUGCUUGGAUAUUUCCACCAAAAAUAAAUUGCUUUGGAACCCAAAAAGUUGGUUCCCAGCUGGAACAAAAGAAACACAGUUUUUUUUUUCCUCAACCUGAAAUACGAAAUGAUGUGGGCACGUCAUAUUCCACAGAUUUGGCAGAGAAUAAGAUGGAGUCUUGCACUAAAUAGUCUUCUGAAAUGUCUUCUUAUCAUAAGUAGUUGGUCCAUGCAGAUUUAUGUAACAGAACGACAGCUUGCAGGUCAUCAAUGCAGUCUGUUGUCUUAAGACUACUGUUUACUUUCAUUGUGCAUCAAGUAAUGGCGUUGAUGGCACAUCCUUCAUUACAAUGGUUCCACUCAAAUGUGGGUUGGUUAGAUAGGGUAACAGUUCCAGAAACCAGUAGAAGAACCAGAGCUUUUUGGGGAAAAGGGGUAUCAGGGAGUCUAGAGGAACUCUUUGCUGAGUUUUCUACUGGAACCUGUGCUCAGAAAUGAAUGGAUCCUUCACCCAGAUUCUCACCCAAUUAAAUGGAAGAGUCAUACAAGUUCUGAUGGAAAUGGGGUCCCAAGGAGCCAAUGGAAAUGUCAUUCUUGGGAAAGUUGAGUCGAUCCGGAUGGAACCGUUGCUCAUGAUAAUGGAACCGCCAGUCACAUUCUCGUGGAAUGGAUCACCCAGAUUCAAGUGGGACUGUUUACUGAUAUUUUAACGGGACAUUCGUUCAGUUUCUAAUGGGAUCUCCACUGGGAUUCCAAUGCAGCCUUCACUCAAGAGUGCACUCAGAUUUUCAUGGAGCCUUCACUUAGAACCAACAACCUUCAGGUACCGCAGAAAACCCUCAGCAAUCUGUUCAGUUCACCAUGCCGUAGAGUCUCUCUCCGCCACAUGUCUGCCACGCCACAAUAAACCUCACUCUUAACAGGACUGCUGAAAAUAAGGAGGCAAUAUUGAUCAACUUGAUAAUCAUUUAUUUAUUUAUACUUGUUUAAAAAAUGAGCAAAAAUGAUGUAGACAGUUUGUGUUUCAUCGUAUUACUCUCUCUUGGACUACUGAGCAGCUCUGCCUACAUGUCUUUCAUGUAUAUAAUGUAUUAUAUAUUUAAAGCAGGGAGCAUUGUUCUUUCGUCUACCAUCAUGUGGACAAGUUGGUAUUGAUCAAGCAUCUCAGAGUAGUACACAUUAGUAAAUAGUGACAAAUAUUCUAAAUCAGCAUUCCUGCAACUUAGACCUGGGCCACUGUCAAGUGGGGGCAACCAGCACAUCUGUCCCCAUAUAAGGGUGGCCAAAAGGGUAUGCAGAGUUGUCAAAUAUUCAUGUUAUGUUGUUGGUGAUUGUGUUUCAUUUCAAGUUUUGGUGCAAGACAGAGAAAUAUUUUCAGCAGGCCUAAAUGAGACGGCAAGAAAUACUCUGUUGUCUCUUAAAGCCGGAGAAGUGUGCACAGGGAUUGAUAUAUGAACUUCUGGUAUGGGUUAAAGGAAUACAAUGAUGUCAAUGAUCAAGCCCUUGCUUUACUUCUUUUUGGUAUGGUAUAUUAUACAUUGCUACUCAGUGCUUUAUUGCUAAAACUUGACCCUUUUCACCGUUGUGUUCACCUAAGCAGGAACUGAGUUCUGACAGUAUAUAUUAUCCUCUUUGCAGAUGACAUGCUCAUAUUUUUCUUGGUUAUACACAGUGUACUGCUAGUGCUGUGGUGUAAGAGUGGAAACGAAAUGAGAUUGUAAAGUUAGUUUUAUAAGAAGUGGUAUCACUUGACUGUAUGAAAAGCAUAGGAAAGCACACAAGAAGAAUGUAAGUAAGGUUUUAAAGGGGUAUUUCACUUUUUUAGAGGAUACGUUUCGCUUUUAAACACUCCCUCUGACUUCAAGAGUAGUCAAAGUAAAAGGUCUCACUUGUGGCUAUAAAGCUUUUUCCACCAGCUGAUCAAGAUCAUAAUUCUCACUGGUUUCAUAAAAGAAUCUGAGUGGGGAAUGGUCACACUUGUUAUUCUAUAUGGGUGUGUAAGUGAAACCCCUCUACCAGAGUGAAAGUGUACUUGAAGGAUAAACAUCUGCAUAGUCUCUUUAGUCUACAUUUAUCACUCUUGAGUUAUGGCGUCCUGAGCAGAGAACGAAGUAACCAUUCCUCUUGCAACCAAUGUUAGCAGUAAAACAUACGUACUGUAUGUAGACUAAUGCGGCUAUGCAGAUCUUUAAUGUAGCGGGGGAAUACACCAUAAUAUGGUGCA